CCGUGGAUGGAGCCGGAGAAACAGCUGAACUUGGUGCGUGGAAGCUGCUUUGAUUUCAUCCCCACCCUGGACAACGUGUACCUGAUAAGAACCGAGGAGGGAAUCAUACACAAGUGCUCCACGCUUUACCAGCAGAACUACAUCCGCUCAUUCCAAGCGCACAACUUCACCAUCUAUGCGGUGCGUUGGAACCCAUUCCAGCCGCGUGUGUUUGCGACGUGUGGAGUGGACUGUUGCGUGAAGAUCUGGGAUGAUGAGCGGCCAGAGACACCGCUGUUUGUAUUCGACCUGGACGACCCCGUGAUUGACUUCUGCUGGGCACCGUACUCGUCAACCGUGUUCGUCGCCGGCACAAUGAACGGAUAUGCCCAUGUGUACGACUUGGACAUUGACAAGUACAACCCGCUGUGCAAGCAGGACGUCAUACCGUACAGCAAGAAUCGCCUCACCAAGGUGCACUUCGUCCCCUCGCAGAUGCUUCUCAUUGCCAGCGACGAUCAUGGCAACAUACACACGUACAAACUGAUGAACGAAGUCAUCGCCUGGGUGUGGGAGCCAGCCGAUAUGGCCAGCGGUAACAAGAAGAAGAACAAGAAAGGUGGCAGAGGUGGCAAAGGUAAAGGUCCGUGUCUUUGACCUGAGCGUGGACAAGUACGACCCACUCUGUCAGCAGCUGGUCACGCAGAAGAAGAACAUGCACCUGACCAGGGUCCGCUGCAACAAGGAGUUCCCCUUCUUACUGGCCGGGAUGAUCGCGGCUACGUGCAGUCUCCGAAGCUGUCGCCAAACUUGCGCCAGGCCCUUGCGUCCAAGACCUACUCAACGGAGACUGAAGUCGCCAAGAUGGCCAAGCUCAUCGCCUGGGUUCAAGAGCAAGCAGAACACAAAUAACCACGCGGGGCAAGUGUGCGUUCUCAGAUUGCCCCUGGAAAAGCAGGUCAGUAGAUUCGUCACAGACUGUACGGUGCUCCGUGUUUGCUGUGGUUUCUGCGACUGUUGACCGUGGCCAUUUCCCCAGGCCCUCGUAUUGAUUGAGAGGAUCGCUUUGAGCAAUUGUUGGAGAGCUAUGGAGAACAGGUUACUAUCAAGUCAAAACUCUGAUCUAGGAGUGGAACUGGCCAAGGGAGCAUUCACCGGCUUCAACCAUGCCCCUGCCACACUUCUGUUACAUUGAACAUUUGGAAAUAGUGAGUUCCUUGUUAGGCUCGUGACUAUGCUGGUAUGCUUUUUCAAUUUUACUUGAGCAAUUAUUUGAUUGUAUAUUGCAGACACGCAUGUGCAUAUACAUAUUAUCGUCUGGAUAAAGAUAUCACUACAUUUGCACUACCCAGUCAUUCUGGAUUUGAAUUGGAAUGAACACUAGGAAGCCUGCAUAAUAGCAUGGAGUCAAGUGUACAUAUCUGUACCCAAGCAUGCUUGGGCAGUGUCCCCACGCGUGGACUGCCUGGGACAGGCCUCCGAAGUACAUACGUGUGUGACUGUCUGUAUGCAUGUCAUUUGAUUUGAUCUACUCAAUCUGCGCUAGUAAUGGUGUGCUCUAGACUCAUCCGUGACUUCUGCCAGCAAACUGA